AUGCUCUUUCAAAUCUUGUACUUCGUGCUACAAAAAUCAAGAACCGGUUUCCAUUCUGGUUGUCGCUGCGGAAUUUACGGGUUUUUUUUUACGAAUCCGCAUAACAGAAACGACAUCCGCCGCGCCGGAAUCACGCACACACAGCCCAAUUGGACCUCCUGUACUCCUUCUGCGAGGAUCAGAACAGCCGUACCGCGAGCCAACCGACAAACUCCAUCAACACAACUCAAUAACAUAACCUGCAAAACUGUAUGCAUCAGAAGAGAAAAGAGUGUUAACGUCGUACCUGAACCAUUUGCCGCGUUGGAUUCAUCAUCAGAAAACUCUUUCUUCACCGAUUUGAAACAAGAGAGUUCUUUUGUUGUUGUUGAGCGAUGA